UCCUCCUUCAUUAUCAGACCCACUCCCUCCCCCUCUCCCUCACUCGCAAACAAUCAACUCUCUUUCAUCUCCUUCAUUUUCCUCUCCUAUACCACUUCCUGUUCAUAUCCUUCAUCUCUCUCUAUCUGGAGAUCUUUACAUAGUUUGAACCCAAAUCAUGGCAGAGAGCUCCGGUAGGAAGCUCGUCGUCCAAGUCUGCAACGCCAAGAAUCUAAUGCCCAAAGACGGCCAAGGAACUGCCAGCGCUUAUGCCAUUGUCGACUUCGACGGCCAAAGGCGCCGAACCAAGACCAAGUUUAGAGAUCUCAACCCUGAAUGGGACGAGAAGCUCGAGUUCGUCGUCCACGACAUCGACUCCAUGGACUCCGAAAUCUUGGAGAUCAGUCUUUACAACGACAAGAAGAACGGCAAGAGAAGCAAUUUUCUUGGUAAAGUAAAGAUUGGUGGAAGCACUUUUGUGCAGUCCGGCUCAGAAGCGCUUGUCUACUAUCCUCUAGAGAAGCGGAGCGUGUUUUCACAAAUUAAAGGAGAGAUUGGACUUAGGAUUUGUUACAUUGACGAAAACCCGCCCGCUUCAGAAUCAGUGGUUCCGCCUGUUGAGCAAAACUCGGAGGCGGCGCCUCCAGUGCCGGUGGAGGAGGAUGCAAAGAAGCAGGAAGAGAACAAGGACGAGAAAGGUGAGGAGAAGAAAGUAGACGACAAACCGAAGGAAGAGGCUAAAGAGAACGAGGAGCAGCCGCCGGAUAACUCGAAAACCGAGAAGGAUCCAGCUCCGUCACCGGUUCCGACGCCAUCUGACGUGGUCGAGAACCCUCCUAUUGCACAUAACGAGAAGGCGAAACAACUGAAAGAGAAGACCGAGACUGCAAAGCGGGCGGAUCUCGGUGUAAACGAGCUUGAGCUUUCGUCUCUGUCCAGCGAUCGGAGCCGUAGCGCAUGCGAUCUCGUUGACCGCAUGCCGUUCCUCUAUGUACGCAUCGUUAAGGCCAAGCGAGCCAAGCCUGAAUCGGGAUCAUCCGUUCACGCCAAGCUCGUGAUCGGGACUCACAGUGUCAAAACCGGGAAUCAGAGUGAUAAGGAUUGGGACCAAGUGUUCGCGUUUGAUAAAGAGGGCUUGAAUUCCACCUCACUGGAAGUGUCCGUGUGGGAAGAGGAGAAAAAGGAGAACGAUCAGAACACAGAGAGCUUCCUCUGUCUGGGGAUGGUAUCAUUCGAUUUGCUGGAGGUGCCAAAGCGAGUACCGCCCGAUAGUCCUUUAGCUCCGCAGUGGUACACUUUGGAAUCGGAGAAGUCACCAGGGAAUGACGUCAUGCUGGCGGUUUGGUUCGGAACUCAGGCCGACGAGGCUUUUCAGGAGGCUUGGCAGUCGGAUUCUGGCGGAUUCAUACCGGAAACCCGAGCCAAGGCGUACCUGUCUCCAAACCUGUGGUAUCUGAGGCUAACGGUCAUCCAAACCCAGGAUAUGCAGCUAGGCUCGCAAUCCGAGCCUAAGCUUCGGAGUCCAGAGCUUUUCGUGAAGGCUCAGCUCGGCGCUCAGGUUUUUAAGACGAGCAGGACAGCGGUCGGCUUGCCCCCAUCCAGUUCGCCUAACCCAACAUGGAAUGAUGAUCUGGUUUUUGUGGCGGCUGAGCCGUUUGAGCCAUUUCUUGUUGUUAGCGUCGAGGACGCGACUCGUGGGCAGUCAGUGGGCCAUGCCAAGAUACCCGUGCCGAGCAUUGAGCGGAGGAUCGACGAUCAGACGGAGCCGAAAUCUAGAUGGUUUAAUUUGGUUGGCGACGAGAAUCGUCCGUACAUGGGGAGGAUACACUUGCGAGUAUGUUUAGAAGGCGGGUAUCACGUGCUAGAUGAGGCGGCUCACGUGACCAGCGAUGUUCGAGCCUCUUCUAAACGGCUGGCCAAAGCUCCAAUUGGCUUGCUCGAGGUUGGGAUACGUGGGGCGACCAAUUUACUCCCAGUGAAAACCAAAGAUGGUGUGCCGGGGACCACCGAUGCCUACGUGGUAGCCAAGUAUGGGCCCAAAUGGGUCCGCACCCGUACGAUCCUCGACCGGUUUAAUCCACGGUGGAACGAGCAAUACACCUGGGAUGUGUACGAUCCUUGUACGGUUCUCACCCUCGGCGUCUUUGAUAACGGAAGGUACAAGCGCAACGAAUCCGGGAAGCCAGGAAAAGAUUUUCGCAUGGGAAAGGUACGUAUACGGCUAUCGACGCUCGAUACAAACCGGGUGUACAUGAAUUCGUACUCCCUCACUGUAUUGUUGCCUAGUGGAGCCAAGAAAAUGGGAGAGAUCGAGAUCGCCAUUAGAUUUUCUUGCUUCUCGUGGCUCAGUCUCAUCCAAGCCUACGCCAGCCCAGUGCUUCCACGAAUGCAUUACGUGCGUCCGUUGGGUCCAGCCCAGCAAAACAUUCUGCGCCUUACGGCUAUGCGGAUAGUCACGACUCGGCUCGCUCGGUCCGAACCAGCCUUGGGUGAAGAAGUGGUCCAAUUCAUGUUGGACUCCGACAACCACGUGUGGAGCGUGAGGCGAAGCAAGGCCAAUUGGUUUCGUGUCGUGGGUUGCCUAACACGUGCCGCGACUUUGGCACGAUGGCUCGAUGGAAUUCGCACCUGGGUGCACGUGCCCACCACGGUUUUGGUGCACGUGCUGCUCGUGGCCAUUGUGCUGUGCCCGUAUCUACUGCUCCCCACCGUAUUUUUGUACGCCUUCUUGAUCAUAGUCUUGAGCUUCAGGUAUCGACAGAGGGUGCCACCCAACGUGGACCCGAGACUAUCCCACGUGGAAUCCGUGAGUCUCGAUGAGCUGGACGAAGAAUUUGAUGGCUUCCCAACCACGCGAUCUGCGGAUCAAGUUCUUCGUAACAGGUACGAUCGGUUACGGGCCCUAGCGGGGAGGGCCCAGACCCUUCUAGGUGACAUGGCGGCACAAGGGGAGCGUCUGGAGGCCUUAUUCAGCUGGAGAGAUCCGCGGGCUACUGGAAUGUUUGCGGUUUUCUGCCUAUUUGCCUCUCUGCUGUUCUACGCCGUGCCGUUUAAGGUCUUCGUGUUGGGUUCUGGGUUCUAUUACCUGCGCCACCCGAGGUUCCGUGACGACAUGCCAUCUCUUCCUACCAAUUUUUUCCGGCGACUACCGUCACUCUCCGACCAAGUUUUGUAAUCGUUUGGUGCGCUUUCCAACUAGAUCAUAUGGUUUAUUUAUUUAUCUUUAAAACAUUGCUUUAUUUAUUUUAGCGAUUGGAGUUUAACAAUUCAUAUUGUAAUAAGAGAUUCGGUGGGGGCGGUUCAAAGUGUGGAACAAAAAGUUGUUGUCGGAAA